CAUGAAAACCCCCGUAGGGAGGGACCGGACCGAGCAAAUAGGCACAUAGGGUGAUGUGCUGUCAACGGUAGUACAGGAAAUCUGUACAUAGACGAAUCCCCCGCUAACAAUGCCGUGAUUGACUCUAGACGUACUGCACUUUCAAGCAUGCUGCAGAUCAUCAUUACUGGGAUCACCUGGUAUGAUAAUUGAAUUACUAAGUUUUUAACUUUCCAUAAAAGCUAAUAGUCGCGAGUGCCCGCAGCCUCACACAGGGAAACUGACUAGUAGGGUUCGGAAAUCUGUGGCCACCCUCUUUACAUUAGUCAGAGGUACUUGUACUCUGGGAAACCCGCAUCCAGUCUCCUUUUCCUUGCCAACCUUCGUAUGUGCGCCUCCUGAGCUCUAAAACGAAGCAUUAUGCAUUUGCCACAUCUUUCUCUCGCGCUCUGUAGCUUGGCUGUGUUCACCUCGGCAGCUUCUGCUGCAACAAUCGAGAAGAGAACUGGCCCAACCUUUGCAGACGGCCAACCAGCUGACGGAAAAGGAAAGGGUGGACGCUUUUCUGGAGGAACCAAUCAUCAACUCGAUCUUCAGAACCCCGACAAUCUUGGAGCUCAGAGUACCGACAGCGGACUUGUCCCCAACCUGAAGUGGAGCUUCAGUGACUCGAAGACGAAGAUCUUCAAUGGAGGUUGGGUCCGGGAGCAAGUCAUCACUGACCUACCAGCAAGUCACGAUAUCGCAGCCGCCCAACUGUACUUGAAGAAAGGAGCUAUCAGGGAGCUUCAUUGGCAUCGAGUGGCUGAAUGGGGUUAUGUAUAUACCGGUGAAGUGUUGGUCUCGGCUGUUGAUGAGAAUGGUGAUUAUCAAAUCGAUAAGCUCGUUCCAGGCGACAUUUGGUACUUUCCCAAGGGCAGUGCUCAUACUAUACAAGGUCUCGCCGACGAGAAUGAAUCCCUGCUUGUCUUCGAUGAUGGCGACUUUGAUAAAGUUGGAACGACCUUCAUGGUUGACGAUUGGAUAGCGCACACUCCUAAAUCUGUCUUAGCUAAGAACUUUGGCGUCAACGCUUCGGUCUUCGACACUAUUCCGACACCAGACCCAUACAUCCUCAACGGAACGACCUCCUCAAGUCAGCCCACAGGAGUCGAAGCUGGUCUUUUUGGCAUCAGCUCCUAUGUGAUCCACAAAGCAGAUUAUGGUACCGUGCCCGUUCCAGGAGAAGGUGGUACUCUGUCAAUCAUUGACUCGAGGAACUUUCCCAUCGCCACAACUAUUGCGGCGACUGUCGUGACACUCAAACCAAAGGGCCUUCGUGAGCUCCACUGGCACCCCAACGCCGAAGAAUGGCUUUACUUCCACAAAGGCACUGCACGAGCGACGGUCUUCAUCGGUGGUGCCAACGCCCGAACCUUCGAUUUCAGCUCAGGCGAUACCGCCGUUUUCCCCGACAACAGCGGACAUUACAUCGAGAACACUUCUGAGACUGAAGACUUGGUCUGGAUCGAGAUCUACAAGGCUGAUCGCGUAGUAGAUAUCUCGCUCACGCAAUGGUUGGCGCUCACACCACCUGAUAUUGUCGCGAACACGUUGAAGAUCCCGAGAAGUGUGGCGGAUCAGUUGAAGAAGGAGAAGCAGUUGCUUAUCAAAGGAUCGUAAUUCGGGUCCUGUAUUUGUGUCAUGAUGUGGAGAGGUGUCUCAACGUGAAUACUCCCUUUAUUCUUAGGACUGACAAUGGAGUCUCCAAGACAGAUCGUCGCUGGGGGGUUCUGACCAGUAGAAUAGACAGGAUUUCCAGCUCGGCUUUUCGAUUUCUGAAGUCCGAACCUACUGAUAUUGGAUUUGUGCUCGUUAAGCCUUGUGAGACACUUUUUUUACUUAGAUAUUCAGGCUACACGAGGGUCUCAUAACGUCCGUGAGCUCUUGAAUUGUAGGUAUAUAUCGAGUAUGACAAUGCUUUAAAUUAAAAAAUCGUCACUCCUAAGCCUGUUUGCUCUGUUUGUACGCUUUUAAUUGUCAAGUCAGACUCAACUCCAGGCCGCACAGAGAUUUUACCCUGCUUCUUAGCGGACUCAUUGUCAGACCCAAGAAUAAAGGGAGUAGUCGGUGAUUGAUAACACUUGGUGUUAAUAAUCUAAUCCUUGUACCGAGAUUGCUUGCAAUGAGUAGCUCCAAGCGAUACCAUUUUCGAAUUGAAACUACGUCCGUGAGAGCAAAUCUCCGCCCCUGAGAUCCGAGAUGAUGAGCAUGACCCAUCCCUUGUAGGCUCUCCACCACUGAAUCAAUUUGGCUUCUUUGUCCCCUUGAUCCGUACUUUGAUCAACAGGUAAACGAGACUGUAGCUCGAAAAGACAAAGGACAGAAAUUAUCGUGGGACUGCAAUCAUGAUACUACUCCGUGAUAUUCAGAGUUUGGAGAUAGUCCGACACUAACUUGUAUUGACAGACCCGACAGCUGGCAGUCUUU